GGCUCUCCCCGCGUCCAAGAUGGCGGCAGAAGCAGCUGGUGGGAAAUACAGAAGCACAGUCAGCAAAAGCAAAGACCCCUCGGGGCUGCUCAUCUCUGUGAUCAGGACUUUGUCUACUAGUGACGAUGUCGAAGACAGGGAAAAUGAAAAGGGUCGCCUUGAAGAAGCCUACGAGAAAUGUGACCGUGACCUGGAUGAAUUGAUUGUGCAGCACUACACAGAAUUGACGACAGCCAUUCGCACAUACCAGAGCAUCACAGAGCGCAUCACUAACUCCCGAAAUAAAAUAAAGCAGGUAAAAGAGAACCUACUUUCAUGCAAGAUGCUGCUGCACUGUAAACGGGAUGAGCUUCGGAAACUAUGGAUUGAAGGAAUUGAGCAUAAGCAUGUCCUGAACUUGCUGGAUGAAAUUGAGAAUAUCAAGCAAGUGCCUCAAAAGCUGGAACAGUGCAUGGCCAGCAAGCACUAUCUCAGUGCCACUGACAUGCUGGUGUCAGCAGUUGAGUCUUUGGAGGGCCCCCUGCUCCAGGUGGAAGGACUGAGUGACCUUCGACUAGAGCUUCACAGCAAGAAGAUGAACCUCCACUUGGUUCUCAUAGAUGAACUACACCGGCACCUGUACAUCAAAUCGACUAGCCGAGUUGUGCAGCGUAACAAGGAAAAAGGGAAAAUCAGCUCCCUUGUGAAAGAUGCUUCUGUUCCUCUGAUUGAUGUUACAAACCUCCCUACUUCUCGAAAAUUCCUUGAUACCUCUCACUAUUCUACUGCUGGAAGCUCAAGUGUGAGGGAGAUAAAUCUGCAGGACCUCAAGGAAGAUUUAGAAUUGGAUCCAGAGGAAAACAGCACCCUGUUUAUGGGUAUCCUCAUUAAGGGCCUGGCCAAACUGAAGAAGAUCCCAGAGACAGUUAAGGCAAUCAUAGAGCGCUUGGAGCAGGAGCUGAAGCAAAUUGUGAAGAGGUCUACAACCCAGGUGGCAGACAGUGGCUAUCAGCGGGGGGAGAACCUUACUGUGGAGAACCAACCAAGGUUGCUUCUAGAACUGCUGGAGUUACUGUUUGACAAGUUUAAUGCUGUAGCCACUGCACACUCUGUGGUCCUGGGAUACCUGCAGGACGCUGUAGUGACUCCACUGACUCAGCAGGAAGAUAUCAAACUGUAUGAUAUGGCAGAUGUAUGGGUGAAGAUCCAAGAUGUUCUACAGAUGCUGUUAACUGAGUACUUGGAUAUGAAAAAUACUCGUACGGCCUCUGAACCAUCAGCUCAACUAAGCUAUGCCAGCACUGGACGAGAGUUUGCAGCCUUUUUUGCCAAGAAGAAACCUCAAAGGCCAAAAAAUUCUCUUUUCAAGUUCGAAUCGUCCUCCCAUGCCAUCAGUAUGAGCGCCUACCUACGAGAACAGAGAAGGGAGCUCUAUAGUCGGAGUGGAGAACUGCAAGGGGGUCCUGAUGACAACUUAAUUGAAGGUGGAGGAACAAAAUUUGUCUGCAAACCUGGAGCCAGAAACAUUACCGUCAUAUUCCACCCAUUACUAAGAUUUAUUCAGGAGAUUGAGCAUGCCCUGGGUCUUGGCCCAGCCAAACAGUGUCCUCUUCGAGAGUUUCUCACCGUGUACAUCAAAAACAUCUUUCUCAAUCAAGUCUUGGCUGAGAUCAACAAGGAGAUUGAAGGAGUCACUAAAACAUCUGACCCUUUGAAGAUUCUGGCCAACGCAGACACCAUGAAGGUGCUGGGAGUGCAGCGGCCUCUCCUACAGAGCACAAUCAUUGUGGAGAAGACAGUGCAAGACCUCCUGAACCUGAUGCAUGACCUGAGUGCAUAUUCAGAUCAAUUCCUCAACAUGGUGUGCGUGAAGCUCCAGGAGUACAAGGAUACCUGCACUGCAGCUUACAGGGGUAUUGUCCAGUCAGAAGAAAAACUUGUCAUCAGUGCAUCCUGGGCAAAAGAUGAUGAUAUCAGCAGACUCUUGAAAUCUCUACCAAACUGGAUGAAUAUGGCUCAACCCAAACAGCUGAGGCCAAAAAGAGAGGAGGAAGAAGAUUUCAUAAGGGCAGCUUUUGGCAAGGAGUCUGAAGUUCUUAUUGGGAACCUGGGUGAUAAAUUAAUCCCUCCACAAGACAUCCUUCGUGACGUCAGUGAUCUCAAAGCCUUGGCCAACAUGCAUGAAAGCCUGGAAUGGUUGGCAAGUCGAACAAAGUCAGCUUUCUCCAAUCUUUCUACAUCCCAGAUGCUUUCUCCGGCUCAAGACAGCCACACGAACACGGAUCUCCCCCCAGUGUCAGAGCAGAUCAUGCAGACUCUCAGUGAACUUGCCAAAUCGUUCCAGGAUAUGGCUGACCGCUGCUUACUGGUCUUACAUCUGGAAGUGAGGGUUCACUGUUUCCACUAUCUCAUCCCUCUUGCAAAGGAGGGGAACUAUGCCAUUGUGGCUAAUGUGGAAAGUAUGGAUUAUGACCCCCUGGUGGUCAAGCUCAACAAAGAUAUCAGCGCCAUUGAAGAGGCCAUGAGCGCCAGCCUUCAGCAGCACAAGUUCCAGUAUAUCUUCGAAGGCCUGGGCCACCUGAUCUCCUGCAUCCUCAUUAAUGGUGCCCAGUACUUCAGGCGCAUCAGUGAGUCUGGCAUCAAGAAAAUGUGUAGGAACAUUUUUGUUCUUCAGCAGAAUUUGACCAACAUCACCAUGUCGCGGGAGGCAGACCUGGACUUUGCCAGGGACAGGUUUUGUGAAAGGGGCUCCAUCAAUUCUACCAUAUUUGAAGCUAUAUAAAAUACAUAAAACAGCAAUACCAAAAUGGCCAGAAAUAAUAGACUUCAGCAGUGUACCUCAGCGUUCCUUAAGCAAUGUCUAAUCAAGCAUGGACAGCAUCUGUAUUUCCAGCAAAUCUCUAUAGGAAUGUUAUCUUCAAACACAGUAAUUAAUCACUAGUUGCCAUGUGUCAGAAAACUUAUUUAACAAGAAGUUGCAAAGUGCUUGUAGUUUUCUUACCUUCUCAGCCUUCCUGGCCAGUGGAAAAUGUAACACCUUUCUGUAAUAAAGAAAUGAGGGAUCUGGAACGAUUCCAUUGAUGUUGAUUCUUCUACUCAUAGUAUUGUUAUCUUGUCUCUCUCUUUUCAUACACACCUUUCCUCUAACUGAUCUCUAAUAGGAGGGUAGAUCUUGGCUGAGCAAAGGAACCAGAAAACCUGUAACAUUACCAGAAGUACAGAGAGCCUCUGUCCUCUAUGGUAAUGAUCAUUUAAGCGCUCUUACUGUUUUGACCCCCCUGUUAAUUUUCAGAGUCAAAAAGAUACUUUAUCCAGGAAAAUCAGUGCAGAUGAGUUAGAAGGUGGAAGGGCUUUAUGAGUGUGCUUUUUUAGUUCCUUUCAUCACAGAUCAUCUUAACUUGAGCUGUCAUGCGCCUUUCCACAUGUGAGUCACAGAAGCCACCUAGGAGUCCAGAUGGUGGCAGCAUAACAAGAGAGGUCCGAACGAACGGUGAUUGGAGUCCCCAAGGUGUAUCAUCUGACAACCUUUCUAGCUUGAAUGACGCCAUUGUUUAAAAAGAAUAUCCCAGAGUUUUCUUCCCAGUUAUCCCCUCUGUACCCCAUUUUGUCUCUUUCUCUGCCUCUUCUGCUGUCUCUUUUUUCUCCUUUAUUUCUCCAAUAGCUCUACUUCCUGCUCUCCUCCUUCAAGGUUUCAUUGCUCCUCAAUUUUUCCUUGAUUUUGGUUUUUUUUUGGACUGUUAUCUUUCAUUCUUAAACCUGCACAAGAUAAGGAAACAAAAGCUACGGUUCAGGAAGUGGUAGGGCGAAAAAUUGUAACACCCAAGACAGAUUCCUCGCCCUGUUAUUCCUUCAUUUCUUCAUUCCUUCAUCAAAUAUUUAUUCAGUGUAUGUUCUCUGUAGGUCCUGGCCUCAUGAAACUUGCAUUACUGUGGGGCAAGAUGCAAAGUAAUAAAUAAGUAAAAUAUAUAUAAAGUAUUUCAGAUGAUAAUAUAUGCUGUAGUUAAAAAAAAAAAAAAAAAAAAAAAAAAAAAAAAAAAAAAAAGAGUAGGCAUGAGGAGGGGACCAGAGGGUGCCAGAGUAUAAUGGAGGUAAUCCGAAAUUUUAGAGUGUUCAUGGAAGUCCUUAAUGAGAUGGUAACAUUUGAGGAAAAACCUAAAGGAAGAGUAGGAGCAAGGCAUGCAGCUAUCUAGGGAAAGAGCAUACCAGGAAAGAGCAUCUAAGGAUGAAGAGCCAGAGGGAGGCGUGCACUUAACAUCUGAAGAACAGAGCAGAAAGGCCAGCAUGGUUGAAGUGAGUGAGCAGGGGAAGAGUAAGAGAUGAAGUCUGAAGUUUGAUACAAGGAGCUGAGAUCUGGCAAGUCAUUGUAAUGACACUGAGUUUUACUUUGCAUGAGGUAGGAAGCUAUUAGAAGGUUUGGAGCAGAAGAGUGCUACAUAAUGUGAAUCACUCUGGCCACGAUGUUGAAACUAACAUCACAGUUGUUAGUUGGGGGGGGAGGUUGUAGGCAAAGGCAGAAGCAGGAGGCUCUGUUAGAAAACUGUGGCAAUAAUCUUCUAGCUGAAAGGUAGUGGUGAUUCAAAGCAAGAUGGUAGCACUGGAGAGGAUGAGAUAUGGUCAGAUGAGGAUGUAUUUUAAAAGUUGAGCUAAAGGAUUUGCUGAGGAAUCAGAAGUGAACCAAAGACUCCAAAGUUUUUGAUCUGAACAAUUCAAAGCAUGAAGUUUUUAUUUACUGUAAUGGAAGUGAACCAGACCAUAGGAGAGGCUAUUGAAGUGUGUGGAGGGCAGAGGGGGGUUCAGCUAGAGAGGGGAUAACAAGAAAUGUUAGUUUGAGAUGCCUGUUAGGCACCAGAAUAGACAUAAAAAGGGAGCCGGCUAUACAACCUGGAGGUGAGGAGAUGGGAGUUUUGGAGUCAUCAGCAUAUAGGUGGGAUUUAAAGUCAUGAGAAAGGCUGAGAGGUGAGAUCUCAAUGGGAGCACAAGUAGAUGAAAAAGAGAAGCUGUCCAAGAAUUGGACUUUGGGUACCCCGCUGUUGAGAUGCUGGAGUGCCGGAGAAGAACCAGCAGAGGAAGUUGAGGAGGCAGCCAACAGAAUAGGAAGGUAACUAAGAAAGGGUGUUGUCCCAGAAGUCAAGGGAAGUGUUUUAAGAGGAGUGUGUCUUCAUCUGUGUCAAAUGCUGUUGAUAGGUUAAAUUAGCUCAAGACAGAGAACUGGCUACUGGUGGGCUUGACAAGAGGCCUGAAAUGCUUUGGUUUGCAUUCCUUUAUCUUUCGUACACAACUUACCUAAAGUAGGAAUACACUUCAAAUGUAUAUAUUUGGGAAUAAGUUCCUCACUCCUCAAGUUUCCGGUAGGGUUUGAUGUGAUCAGGACAAAACAAAAAUGCAAUUAUUUUUAGUGUGAUAUAUAAAAGACCAAAUUGGCAGCCUCUCUUUUCUCGAGGUCAAUAUCAACAUGCAUAAAUCAUGUUGACAGUAUGUCUAUGUGCCCUUGACAUGAUGUGAUGAAAAUGGCACUUUAACCAAAACGUAUUACCUCAAUCUAAUCAUGAGAAAGACAUCAGAAAGAUUCCAAUAGAGAUACAUUCUAUGAAAUACCUCAUCAGUACUCAUCCAAACUGUCAAAGCCAUCAAAACAAGGAAAGUCUGAAAAACUGUCACAGCCAACAGGAGCCUAGGAGACAUGAUGACUAAAAUGUACUUUGACCUCCUGGAUGGGGCCCUGGAACAAAAACAACAUUAGGCAAAAACUAAGAGGUCCUGAAUGAACUAUAGAUUUUAGUUAAAAUAAGUGUUAAUAUUGGUUCAUUCAUUGUAACAAAUAUAUCAUACUAAUGUAAGAUGUUAAUAAUAGGGAAACUGGGUACAAUUUAUAUGUGAACUCUGUACUGUCUUCUCAAUUUUUCUGUGAAUCCAAAACUUCUAAAAAUAAAGUCUGUUAGUAAAAAUAUUAGGCAAAGUGUUUCAGAGAACAUUUAUCCAAUGAAAAUAUACAGGUGGCUAAUUCAUAUUAAGCAUGAAAAGAUGCUCAAAUUCAUUUGUUAUUAGGGAAAUGCAAAUUAAAACCACAAUGAGACACCACUCUGUGCCCACCAGGAUUGCUAUAACAAUAAAAAAAAAGAAAAAAAGACAAUGAAAAUGUUGGCAAGGUUAUGGAGAAACUAGAACCCUCAUUUGCCGCUGGUAGAAAUGUAAAAUGGCACAGCUGCAUCAGUUCCUCAAAAAGUUAAACAUAGAGUUAUGGUAUGACCUAGGAAUUUCACUCCUAGGUAUAUACACAGAUAAAUGAAAACAUACAUGUGUACAAAAAUACAUACACAAAUGUUCAUAGCAAGCAUUAUCUAUAAUAGCCAAAAAGUAUAAACAGGAUGGGUGCGGUGGCUCACUCCUGUAAUCCCAGCACUUUGGGGGGCCGAGGUGAGCAGAUCAUGAGGUCAGGAGAUCGAGACCAUCCUGGCUAACAUGGUAAAACCCCAUCUCUACUAAAAAUACAAAAAAAUUAGCUGGGCAUGGUGGCAGACACCUGUAGUCCCAGCUACUCGGGAGGCUGAGGCAGGAGAAUGCUUGAACCUGGGAGGCGGAGCUUGCAGUGAGCCAAGAUCGCACCACUGCACUCCAGCCUGGGCGAAAGAGCGAGACUCCAUCUCAAAAAAAAAAAAGUACAAACCAGAUAUCCAUCAACGUAUGGAUGAAUAGAACAUAGUACAUUCAUACAAUGGAGUUUAUUUGGCCACAGAAAGACAUGAUGUGCUGAAUCUUGAAACAUUAUGUUAAAUUUAAGAAGCUAGUAACAAAAAGCCAUUUUUUAUUACACUAUUCAAAUGAAAUGUCCAAAAUAGGCAAAUUUAUAGAGAUAGAUUAGUAGAGGUUGAAAGGAAAUGGGGAAAUAGAUAGAGGAGUCUUUGGGGGUGAUGGAAAUGUGCUAAACUAGAUUGUGCUGAUGGUUGUACAGUCCUGUGACUAUUCUAAAAGUCCUUGAGUUGUAUCCCCUAAGUCUGAAAAUUACGUGGUAUGUGAAUUAUAUCUCGAUGAAGCCGUUUAAAAAAAAAAAGAGGUGGAGCUUUAAGACUUGAAAAAUUAAAUGAUUUGUCAUAGGAAAUGAGGAGCCCAAGUUUCAUCCUCUCCUUAGUGGGGAAACUUUUAAAAGGAAAUAUUUGGCUCAUUUUCUAGUUUCCCUAAUCCAUCCUGAGAGGUAGAAGAUAAAGGAAGAAUUUUUGGAGAAGGAGGUGGUGCUUCAUAUUAGUCUUGAUAGGAAUUGUCCAGAAUAGGGAGAAAGUCAUUUGGAAGAGAAAGGGUAGUUCCGGGGACUGGAGAAGACGUUCAAGGAAGGAGGUGGUGAAAGAAGAGACCUGAGUCAUCAUCAGGCCUGAAGUCAGGGCUGGCUUAGGGCAAGCCACAAAUGCCACCUUAUUAAGGCCUUCUCUGCACUUUCAAAACAUGCCUUCCUCCCCCACCAGCACUCCCUAUUCUCCUUAGCAUGAUUUUAAAAAGCAUAUAUCUGACAUAUUUAGUAUUUACUUAUUUGUUCCUCACCUGUCUACCCUGAAUAGAAUGUACGCUCCAUGAGCAGGGACCCUUUUUUGUUCACUGCUGUAGCCCCAGGACCUAAACCAGUACCUGGCAUGUAGUAGACAUUCAGUAAAUACUUGUGGGGUGUUAAAGUUAUUUGGACUUUAUCCUGUAAGUAACUGAAAGAUUUUAAGCAGAGGAGUGAGAUGGUCAGAUUUAUAUUCUAAGUACAUCAUUUCAGCAGCAGUAUAGGACUUGGAUUUGAGGAAGAUAAAACUGGAGGCCUUGCCAAUCAACUGGAAGGUGAUUGCUAAGAAAGUGAUGUGUAGGGGCCGGGCACGGUGGCUUAUGCCUGUAAUCCCAGCACUUUGGGAGGCCGAGGCAGGUGGAUCACGAGGUCAGGAGAUCGAGACCAUCUUGGCCAACAUGGUGAAACCCCAUCUCUACUAAAAUACAAAAAAUUAGCCAGGCGUGGUGGCACGUGCCUGUAAUCCC